AUGAGUCAACAAGAGCCACACGAAUGGGCUGAACGCCUAUUGAACACUAAAUACAUUGAAAAGUACACCGUUCAGAAUUCAAACACUUUAGCUUCACCACCAGGAUUCGAAAAUGGUGCUUCCAAAGGAAACAUUUCAAAGAAACAACGAGACGCAACUUCUCAAACAACUACUCUAGCUCAAAAGAACCAGAUAACAACAUUGCAAGUACAGAAGGCAUGGCAAAUUGCUUUUCAACCGGCCAAGUCUAUUCCAAUGAAUAUUUUCAUGUCGUAUAUGUCUGGUACAUCUUUGCAAAUCAUCCCUAUAAUGACUGCCCUGAUGUUACUCUCCGGACCUAUCAAGGCCAUUUUAUCUACUAGGAGUGCAUUCAAGCCAGUAUUGGGCAAUAAAGAGACUCAAAGUCAAGUGCAAACUGCUAUGCUUAUGUUUAUCGCCUUUCAGGGUGUAUUAAUGUACAUUGGGUACAGGAAACUGAAUUCUAUGGGACUCAUCCCGAAUGCUAAGAGUGACUGGCUGCCUUGGGAAGAAAUUGUUGACUAUAAUCAUGGAUUAAAAUGGUUCUCCAAUUGA